AAAGAGUGGGAAAGGCAGAGCACAAAGCACAUCCAGCUCAGUAUAUGCCCCAGAAAGAACAAAGCUCAAUUGGUGCCACCAUGAACUUAGCCAGUGGAGUAUAUCUACUCUCCAGCCUCCAGGAAUUAUAAGAGGAGCCUCCGCACACGCUGCACAUCGGCGUUUCUCUGUUGGUCCAUCUCAAGAUGAGGAAAGGCGCUCUCGCUCUCUUUCUCCUCCUGCUCACCUUUGCUUCCCAUGACGGAUGGUGUUCCGCAGCUGCGAGGAGCGCCAUGGCUGAGGAGGAUGCAGCACAUCAUCAUCUGAGGCCUCAUCACCUUGAAACCCAAGGCAAGAGUCUCCUGGAGAUGCAGAGUCCCAGGAAGGUUGGGCGGGCGACGGGUGGUGCCGGAGCAGGCGGCGGCGGCGGCAGGAACACCGGUGGCGGAGCCACGGACACGAGGCCACACAACGGCAAGAACAUUGCCACGGCGCUGCCAGCUCCAGCGACCUCCGUCCUGGCGCUGGUUUUCACCACCAGCACCAUUCUUCUCUCCGCGCUCAGCUUCUGAAGUUCAAGCACCAGUAUUCGUCCAGUGUUGCAGUUUCAGAAAUUGUUUGCCUGAUGAUGUUUGUCGGUAUCGGAAUGGUAUGAUGUUUGCUGGCUACUAGUAUUAUUUGUCCUGUAUGAGUGCUUCCUAAGUUGUUGAAUUGCCUGUAUACUGGGUUCGUACUAGUCAUAGAGACACUAAUAAAUCAGGGAAUGAAAAUC